GCUAUACCUAGUAAACAAAGCAGCCAAAGGGUGAAUAUGUAAACAAGGCGGAAUAUUGCCUCGAAGGGUUAAUCAAUAUAUAAUUUAAAGUUUGGUCAAACAAUCAAAUUUAAAUAACGCCGCCGAUUAAUUUUCUAUCGAUCGUGAUUGAAGACUUCGUGUCAUCGAAGACUGCACAUCGCUAACUAUGGCCGUUCAAAACAUAAAAUGUAAACAAAAGUCAUUCAAGCGCAAUCUGACCAAAAUCAAAUAUAAUGGAAAGUAACGAAGAUGUAGAGGGCCUUCUGUGUCAAAAGUAUCCUGGUCUGGAAGCGGAACUUCAGCCAAGUGGAGCGUGCAUCAUCAGAGGAGUUUUGGGCAGUGAGGAUACCUGGCGCCGCCUUAAACUGUAUCUGCCACACCACCCAGCUCUACAUGGCUUCCAGCUCUACGUCCAGGAAAGUUUGGAGUACAAGCUAUACACAUCGACUAAUCUCAAGUUACAGGACGAUUGGCUGCUGGAGGAAUUUCUGGACCAUCUGCCAAAGAUUCUUCCUGCCCAAGAAGCUCCAACAGUGUCAAAGGAACUAAGUCGGGUGGGGAACAUAUACUCCGAUAUCCUGGCCUUGUACAAGUCAAACGAGUACUGCCUGCAAGUGGACGAGACCUGUUCCAUGAUUCGAUUCAGCGAAUUCACCGACUUCGAGCAGCACUAUCUGGAGCUUAAGAUCCCGUCUCUUCUCUUGCUUGAUCACAGUUUGCCCGACUGCGUAUCGCUGGGUGAAAUGCUGACCAAGAGUGCUGGAAACCUAGAGGAGGCCCUAAACCUCUUCCGCAAGCUUCUGGAGGAUCUGCGUCCCUUCUACGACAACUUCAUGGACAUCGACGAGCUUUGUCAUGUGCUGCAACCAUCGCCCAUCAGCAGCAAACAUAAAACACGGCUGUUCCCUCUCAAGGAUCGCGUCUACUUAAAGCUGACCAUUGCGGAUCCAUUUGCCUGCAUAGCAUCCAUGUCGCUGAAGAUCAUUGGGCCCACGGAAGAGGUGGCCCGCCUGCGCCACGUUCUCAGCGAUGGUCUAAGUAACUGGGACUCCGAAGUGAACAUUCACAAGAACCUACUGCGAAUGUUCGACUUGUGCUACUUUCCCAUGCCAGACUGGUCGGAUGGCCCCAAGCUGGAUGAAGAGGACAACGAGGAGCUGCGCUGUAACAUUUGCUUUGCAUAUCGUCUGGAUGGUGGCGAGGUGCCCCUCGUCUCCUGCGACAAUGCCAAAUGUGUGCUAAAGUGCCAUGCCGCCUGUUUGGAGGAGUGGUUUAAGACUCUGAUGGAUGGCAAGACCUUUCUGGAGGUCUCCUUCGGCCAGUGUCCCUUCUGCAAGGCGAAGCUGUCCACCUCAUUUGCGGCACUGUUAAAUGAUUGAAAUUUGUAACCAUAAUAUUAAACGCAAUUAUUUAAGAGUAA